AUGUCCUCCUCAAUCAGAAAGCCAGACCCCAAACUCUCCGACAGCGUCUUUGAGAUGUUUUCCAUGAAGGGCAAGGUGGUAAUUAUCACCGGAGCUGCCGGUGGUAUUGGAAGUGAAGUUGCCAAAGGAUUGGCUGAAGCUGGUGCUGAUUGCGCAUUGUGGUACAACACCAACGACGCUGCCAUUGAGAACGCCAAACAACUCGAACAAAAAUAUAAGGUCAAAGCCAAGGCUUAUAAAGUUGAUGUUAGAGAAUGGGAACAAGUUUCCAAUGCGGUGACAGAGGUUCUCAAGGACUUCGGCCACUUAGACGUGAUGAUCGCUAAUGCUGGUAUUCCAGCUACUGCCAAUCUUCUUGAUCUGACUUUCGAAGAAUGGAAUAAUAUUGUCCAGACUGACUACAAUGGUGUCUUCUACUGUGCUCGUGCUGCUGGACAGGUGUUCAAAAAACAGGGCUUUGGUAACUUGAUCACUACUGCUUCCAUGUCUGGUUCAAUUGUGAACCUUCCACAGGAACAGGCCAACUAUAAUGCUAUCAAGGCUGCUGUAAUGCAUUUGAGUAAGUCAUUGGCUGUGGAGUGGGCUGAGUUUGCAAGAGUGAAUUCCGUUUCUCCUGGUUACAUCGAUACUCCCAUUUCUGCAAAGGUGACCUACGAAACUAAGGAAGAAUGGUACAGAAGAACCCCAAUGAUGAGAGACGCUGAUCCAAGAGAGCUCAAGGGCAUUUAUUUGUACUUGGCUAGUGACGCCUCUUCAUUCACUACUGGAGCAGACUUCAUCGUGGAUGGUGGUCACUGUUGUCCAUGA